GCUUUAUUUUGGACUUUGCUAGAGGAAUAUACUUAAAAUGAUAGUGUACUUCGCUUUGAUGAAAAUUAUUUCCUUGAUUUUUUCUAAUUUUAUGGAAUCAAUCUUGUUGUGAGAAUAUCAACGUAAAUAAUGAAUUGGAUUGUGAAAUAUUAUGUGCAAGCAUUGAUUUGUGAUUUGGUUAACUUUUUGUGGCUUCAGGCAACAGGUCACAAAGAUUUCUGUUUGAUGCGAUCUUCGGCCUAGAAGUCCCCAUCCUGGAGGAGCAGAGCGUCGAGGAUGACGAAGACACCACCAAUGUCAAAAACUGUCCAUGUGAAUGCGGCAGAGCAAACACUCCCAGAAAGUUGGAGUGCGGCGGGGCAAACCAGGAGAACCGCAUAGUGGGCGGGAUGCCGGCGAGUUUGAACCGGUACCCGUGGAUGGCGAGGAUAGUCUACGAUGGACAGUUCCACUGCGGGGCCUCGCUGCUGACCAAGGAGUAUGUGCUGACGGCUGCGCAUUGUGUUAGGAAAUUAAAGCGGUCAAAAAUCAAAGUAAUACUAGGGGACCACGACCAAACAAUUACAACGGAAAGUGCUGCCAUCAUGAGGGCGGUGGUGGCUAUCGUCAGGCAUAGGAGUUUCAAUGCAGAGUCAUACAACAACGACAUCGCUUUACUCAAACUGAGAAAACCCGUCAAUUUCUCCAAGAUCAUCAAGCCUGUCUGUCUUCCCCCUGCAAGUAUCGAUCCAGCAGGCAAGGAAGGUAUAGUGGUGGGCUGGGGGCGGACUUCCGAGGGUGGGCAGCUGCCGGCCGUGGUACAAGAAGUCAGGGUACCUAUUCUCUCAUUGGCCCAGUGUCGCCGGAAAAGAUAUAAAGCUUCGCGGAUUACUCCUAACAUGCUAUGCGCGGGUCGGGCGUCCACGGACUCGUGUCAGGGCGACAGCGGCGGCCCUCUGCUGGUACAAGAUGGAGACAGAUAUCAAAUAGUUGGCAUCGUGUCGUGGGGAGUUGGAUGCGGCAGACCGGACUACCCAGGGGUCUACACCAGGAUCACUCAGUAUCUGAAGUGGAUCCGAUCAAAUUUGAACGGAAGCUGUUUAUGUACCAACUGAUGUAAAAAUACGAGGAUGACUUUAGAAAGAGAUCUAUAUACACAUAUUAUGCGAGAGACAUUAAAAGAUUAAAGUCCAUACCAUGUUACGUUACGUAAGUUACGUUUGUUUGAAAUUAUAAGAUGUAAAAAGUAGUUAUGUUAGCGUUACCAUGAGCAUGACAUAUCUAAAUCAUGGAUGGGUAAAGAUUCGAUUAAACCUUUAAAAUAUAGCCAUCAAUGUUAUUAAGUAAGUAUGUAUUAAAUUAAUUGUAUAGAGCUUAAAGCAUUUUCAGAAAACAAAGACAUUUUCAUAUCAACUUUGGUGGCUGAAACCAAAUAAAAUUUAACUUAUUAUUUUGUUUAGUAUUCUAUAGUUAUUUUGCACAUGGUCGACCAAUUGCGAAGAAAUUAUUUUCAUUACAUUGAGUAGAUAAAGAUUCCCUCUAUUGGUUACAAAUUGAAAUCAUAUUAUGUAAAUAAUUUUUAUUUCAAAUAUCCGUAUAGAUCAAAUAUCCGUCAGACGUAUAGAAUCAUGGGAUUAAUAUAUUCCCUGACCAGACUAUUGGUAAAACGUAACCUAGAUAUAUGCCACACCUAGAUUGAUAGCUUGUUGCAUUUUAUUUGACAAGUGGUAUUAGUUUUGCCAUAGAGCGCGAAUCCUCAUUGGUGCCAAGUGUAAGUACGGAGGACCCACAAAGCUAAGUGUAGCUAUGCUAGUAAUUAGGUUUUCCUGUUUUAUGUGUUGUUUAUUCCUUCCUUACGUACAAUUGUCUACAAAUUCAAGCCUGUUAAUUUACAUAAUAUUUAAAAGUCUACUUCUACAAGAUAUUUCUAAAUUAUCAUUUUUUUGGCUUCACCCAAAAUGUAUGGGGUAACGUGGUGGUUUGCAGAAAUCUGCGCCAUAGUUUUAAUUACCUUUUUUACUUUUUGACUUUAAUUCUGGUGGGUUAUAAAAAAUUUUUUACUUUUUUUUUCAUUUGUGUUAUUGUUCUAUAAGAUUUUUUUUAUUAUUAUUUUAAUGAUAGGAUUAUUCUGUCAGGCCGGUGGUGCAGAUUACCAAUAGAUUUAAGAGAAUUUUGUUGACUACCUAAGUGUUCAAUUGAUUUUUUUUUGUAAAUAUGUAAGGUUUAAUUGUAACUGUAGGUACUGUAAUUUAUUUAACCUAAUUAUAACUUAUUAACUUAUUUUAUUAUUUUUGUUGAUCAAUAUUAUUUUUCCAAAUUUGUAAUAUACCUAUCUACCUAUCGUUUUUGUAAGCAUUGAUUGUAGAUCCUUCGACAGUAGGUAUAAACAACAACUAUUAUAUUAUAAAAAAAUAUUCAAUGCAAAUUUUAAACGUUUCUUAUAGUUCAGUGAAUCAUCGAAUUUAUUUACGUACUAAGGUUAAUAAUCUUUCUUAUCUUAUCUAAUAAUAAUCCUUUAUUUUAUAUAAGAUUUUCUAUAAAAGUCGGUAUAUUUUUAACUAUACAUUAGGAAUAGAUUAUAAGUAACAGUGCUCUUUAGGCUACACCUGUGAUCUUUUUCACUAUAAAGUUUUUGAACGAACUGUGCGUAGGUAUUCUAUAAGGUAGUUAAAUAUUAUUGAGCUUUAGUCUUAAAAAAAUUGAAUUUAUUUAUUGUUUAGGUUU